AACUUUGCCGUACUCGUCGACGAACAUGGGCCGCCCGUACUAUGAUGAUCCGGUGGAAAUGUGGCUCUGGUCGUCUACGAAGCCGGCACACUUUGUGCGACUAUCGACGGUUCCUUUUCCGGAAUGGUUUCCCGGCACGGUGACGCUGGCAAGGGCGACCGUUGCAACGAGUGCUCACAGUGCUUCGGUCACUGGCAGCUUAAGUCGUCCGGCAGGUUACACCGGCUACGUUAGCUACAUGAAACGAUUUAAUUUCACUGCAAACCUGAACCCGAUCGGCGACCGGACCGGGACCGAUGUCGGGCUGGACGAUCAGAUAGCGGGCGACGAGGACGACGACGAUGGGUCGCUCGCAUUGCACAACUACUGGGCCUUGCUAGCAAUUAUACUCGUGUUUGGUACGGCCGCCGGUAACAUACUCGUCUGCCUUGCCAUCGUUUGGGAGCGGCGGUUACAGAACGUCACCAACUAUUUUCUGAUGUCACUGGCCAUUACGGACCUGAUGGUUGCGCUGUCGGUGAUGCCGCUCGGAAUCCUGACACUGGUCAAAGGACACUUUCCACUCGAUUCCGAAUACUGUCUGGUGUGGAUCUGCCUGGAUGUUCUGUUUUGCACCGCCAGCAUUAUGCAUUUGUGCACGAUUUCCGUCGAUCGCUAUCUGUCGCUACGCUAUCCCAUGAAGUUCGGACGCAACAAAACGCGGCGCCGUGUGGUGCUGAAGAUCAGUUUCGUUUGGUUGCUUUCGAUUGCGAUGAGUCUCCCGCUAAGUUUAAUGUAUUCGAAGAACCAUGCAUCGGUGCUGGUGAACGGAACGUGCCAAAUACCGGACCCAGUGUACAAGCUGGUCGGAUCUAUCGUCUGCUUCUAUAUACCGCUCUGUGUGAUGCUGAUAACCUACACGCUGACAGUGCGGCUGUUGGCACAGCAAAGCGAAAAUCUGGGCGGUGUCGGUAGUGGGGGCGGAUGGUCGAGUGGGUGGUUGGGCCAGGCGCCCGCCUUUGAUCGGCGCAAUACAUGGAAGAGAAUAAUUAAGCUCAGUCUGCCCACAGCCCAGAAUCCUCACGCACACUCCGCUGCGUCAACCGAUACGGAGCUUUCCACGCUGGAUAAUCAUGAUCUGUGGUUGCUAGAGUCCAGCAUUCCAGAACCCAGCUCCAUUACGAUGACUGCGAUGCAGCGAUUUGGCGAAGAGAUGCUGAAGCUGUCCCAAGGGUUAGAAUCCGUGGCGCAGCACAGCGAUCGACAUCUUGGCCUAAGCGGUAAAGCACGAUCACCGGAGCGUAAUCGCGAGAAUGAAUCAUUCCGCAAAAAACCAAGCACAAAAAAUACAGCAGCACCCGCUACGAUGGUGACCAUACGAUCACCGGUGCCGGCAAAGAAACGGCGUAGUUCCACCUCGAACUGGAUUAAUCGAAGAAAUUCUGGAACGCCACCGCCGGUCCGGUUAGUUCGCAAACGGUUCAAAAGUCUACCGCACGCAAUACCUCCAUCAGAGUCGGACGAAAUUGAGGUGGACGAGCAGUUUAUGCAGGAAGUGCUGCUAGAGCUAAGGGAGCGGGAGGAUAAAUCAACGGUCGACUCUUCGUGCAAAAAAACCGCUCAGCUGGGAGAAGAUACAGUAUCUUCCAGAACAGCCGGACAUCCCGAGGGUGAUGAUACGGGCAGUGAUGGUACGGGCCCGGCUGUCAGUCCCCAUCCGCUGUCCCAGAGUCAUGGCGGGCAUAGCUUGAAGCUUCCACCACCGUGCAAAUGUCCGUUCUUCGGUGAAGGUGCAUCCAGCCGGCAGCAGUAUCUGCGCCCGGCCGAAAUCAAGAUCGUAAAGACAAGCUCCGACCUAAGCUCGAUAGCGGCCGCAGGUGAUAGUCUCGUGUACAGCACGAUCUCCAUUUCGUCCAGCUCGAACGUAACCUCGCAACCGACGAGAUCCAUUUCGAGCAGCCUUUCGACACUUCCUGCCUCGGCACUAGCUUCCCCCAGUCGUAAGUGUAGCGUCCCGAAGGGCAUCUCCGUAGUAACCUGGGAUCAGCGCCGCCAUCAGCGGCGCGGUUCGAGCUUUGGUGGUGCGAGAACCUCGCUGCUGCUGACUCCAACGAAAGCGAGCCCGUCCAGUGUGUCCUUGCGGCGAUCGAUCAAUUUACGCCAUAACGCGCUCGACGGUGGAGGCUCGUGCAGUGUGACCGGCAGCGGUGAAACCAUGUUCCGUGGUGCACCGAAAAAGAACAGUUCCUCACCAUGUCUGAUGCAACAUCAGACGGGUGGUGGAGGUGCUACGGUAGCGAUGAUGGCAGUUGCAGCUGCCUCAUCGACGGUGCCAACUAUGGCUACGACAACGAUGACGGUACGGUCGCAUCACUCGCGCAACUCGAGUAUGAUAUCGCGCAAUUCAUCGCGCCAUGGACGCAUCAUUCGGCUCGAGCAGAAGGCGACCAAGGUGUUGGGUGUGGUGUUCUUCACGUUCGUUAUCCUGUGGGCACCGUUCUUCGUGCUCAAUCUGCUGCCGAGCGUUUGCAAGCACUGUGAGGAUAAUAUCGAUCAGUGGGUGUUUGAGUUUGUGACGUGGCUUGGAUACGCGAGCAGUCUGGUGAAUCCGAUCUUCUACACCAUCUUCAACAAAGCGUUCCGGGACGCGUUCCGCAAGGUGCUGCUCUGCCGGUACGGACUGAAGGCGCGACAUUGGCAACCGAACAGCUAGUACGCCGCGGUCCCCAGCCGUAUGGAGCACAGCGAGCCACUGUAGUGGGCGGGCAAU